AAUCCUACAUGACAGUGAUUCUUUCCCCGGCGCCGAGUAUGUCUGGUAGCUGGUAGCUGGUCUCUGAUAGCUAGUCAUAUAUCUACUACACAGUUCCCUCGAAUGACUCCGCGUGUGUGGAAGUCCACCGAGUCUUACUCGAGACGGUGUCGCGUCCAAUAACAACUGUCAGAUGAAGUUCUGGUGGUGUAAAAUAAGAUGCGACGAAGAUUUGAUGGUUUUGAAGAGGAUACGAGAAGAUAUCGUAGACCAAGAGUUAUAGAUGAUGAUCAUGUAGGAUUUCGUCUUUUGGAUCCCAGUGCCAAUGUUCAUCAUCAAUAUUAUUUGGAUAUUCCCGAGCCUCCGCGUGCACCGGAACCGUAUAAAAUAUCCGGUGCGUCAUCAUCGAUGACACGAGCACACCGCAGAUCGAGUUUCGUUAUUCUUGCUGAUGCAAUCGAACCGACAUCGCGAUCUGUCGGUGGAUCGCCAACGCACGAACAGAGAAUUAUCAGAAGUCCAUUGUCCCCAACGAGAGUUGUACCUGGUGGUAGAUCCUCCCCUUUCCGGCCUAGAGGUUUUAAAGGGCCACCUCCUCAUGCACAAUCAAGACCACAGAGUCCUCCAGUACCUGCUCAACGACGAUUUAUUCAACCCAAGUCAUUGUCACAAGGUAAUAGUCCAAGGAAACAAAGUCUGAUACCUCAACCACGAGGUGGUUUAACUUCACAUCGUGCUAAGACUCAAAAGAACAAAGAUCGUGAUAAAUGGGAACGACGGUCCGGUCGUUAUGUCACUAGGAUACCACGUUCUAGCUCACUCAAGGCCCCAGCAAAACGUCCGACAGGAGAGACGAUACGUGCGGCAAAGUCGUCAACAAAAAAAACAACAACAACAACAACUAAAACUCCUGGUGUUUCUACUGGUGCUAAAAAUUCAGCUGCAACUAAAGCAGCGGAUAAGAAAAUAAAUCGAUCGCCAACAAAAAUACCCGUACGUUAUGCAGCUUUCGCUCCUAAUGGAAGCGUCGGAGGUGGGAAUAAUGCCGGAGGUGGAAGAUUUAUUCAGAUUUCAGAUAAAAAUGAUAAGCAAGACAAAAAAGAAAUAAAUUCACCGGCUGUAUCUUCUGAAUCUUCCUCUGUGCCUGCAACAACCGACGAUUCUGUUGUGAUUGCUGGUGAAGAAAUACCAGUAGUAAAACCUGUAGAGCAAAAAGAAAACGAUCCUGGUUUAGUGGAUCUUCUUAAACAUCCGACAAAAGGUGAAGGAACUAAAAGUGUCGUUAGUGCAACGACCACAACUGCAGUACAGCCGCUUAAAAUUGACGCAACAAAUAUUAUUCUUCAUGAAAGUACUGGUGAGACAGCCGCUGUCGUUACGAAUACUAAGGAUGAUAACAAUAAAAAAAGUUCACAAAGUUUUAUACCGGAACAGAUUAAAUCUGAUACUAAAAUAGAGAGUAAAACUGAAGCUAAAGCCGAGACUAAAGUUGAAUCUAAAGUAGAAGCUAAAGUUGAACCUAAAACUAAAACUUUGGUAGCGGGUGAUAAAAUUUCGGACGGUCUUCAAUCCGUCGAAGCAGUCGUUGAGCCAAUGAAUGUUGAGGCAUUAGUCGAAAAUAUAAAACCAGAGGAUAAUAAGGAGCUGAAGAAAAUUAAAGAUGAAAAGAUUGCCGAGACAAAGGCAACUGAUCAAGUUAAAGUACAGACUAGGGAAGAUAAUAGUGAUAAAAAAUUAAAAACUGAUGAAACUGAUAGAAUAAUUCAAACUGCUGCUGCUGGUUCACUUAAUCCCGAGGACGAUAAGCGCCAAGAUCAAAAGCUUUUGAAUGAAAGGACUGAUCAGACCCAAGAUAAAUUACGAAACCACGGAAGUGAAACUUCUCUUAAGUCAUCUAAUGGCUUAUCGACUUGUUCUGUCGAGAGUAUCCGCUCGACUGACACCGGAGUUAGUCUCAAUACCGUACGUGGUGUCUCAUCAGCAAGAGAAAAACGCGGUACCCAUGUUGUCAAACGGUCACAGGAAAUUGAAACACUCAGUGGCAAUGUGAUGAAUAUUGAAAACCGACGAAAUGGCGAGCCAGCAAUCGUCGAGGUAACCGAGCCGACAGUCGACGUUAUUCAAUCAACCGACAACAGUCAGCCACAAAUUGUCACCAAACGUGAGAGGUUUGUCAAAUGGAGAAAUUCGGUGGUGAAACGGCUGCAGGAUCGCUGGAGCAACACAAAAGCUAAAGGAAGAAAUAUCAAGUGUUUUAAUUUUCGGAAGAACAAAAAAAAAGAUAACAAGUUGACUAAAAUUAAUCGCCAAGAACAACAACAACCACAACAACAAAGAGCUACGGGUGCCACAAAAAAACCAAGUGCUUGGUCCCGUUUGAAACCAGCCUGCUGCAGAAAUCUGCGAGGACGUUCACGGGUAGCGCCAGCGGAAACGACGAGCUGCUGUCGUCCUGAAAAAAGUUGCUGUUUCUUAUGUAAGCCAAGUUUAAGCUGGUGCCGAUGGCCCAGUUGCUGUUCCUGCAAACGCAAAGAGACCACCAGGAACGUACGUGCCAAACACAGUUUAACGAGCGUCGCACCACCGCCACUCUCGGAGGAGCAGAAAUCCAAGAUCCCGGAUGUUCUGAUUGAGCACAACUCCGUGAUGCGGGCUGCCAUUCCCUGUCUUCCCGUCCCACUGGCCUGGUUCUGCCUCGUUUGGAAUGUCCUCCUUCCCGGUACAGGUACUCUGUGGAGUGGGUUGUUUAAUUUAUGCGUCGGUCAGCCUCGGUUUGCUGCGACAGCUAGUGCUAAAUCACGAGUAGGCGCAUUUAUUGUCGAUAUUAUUGUUGGAGUCAGCCAAGCUUUUACUGUACUCUUUUGUCUUGUUGGAUGGGGCUGGAGUAUCUGGUGGGGUGUCACGAUGAUACGUUUAGCGAGAAAGUGGAAACGAUUCAAAGCCGCUGAGGCUAGUAACAAUGACGUCGAAGCUAGAGGAAGUAUUGAUGCAGUUUUGCCUCCACCUGGAGUAUCCACUCAAGCUCUUCGUGGAAUGGAACGGGCUCGUUGAUCUCCCGAAUGAUUGGCUUCCUGCUAUUGUAUUCUA